AUGUUGCUAAGAAAACUACUUGAUAUCAUGAAAGAAUCGGAGCAGCUCAAAGAAAUCAGAAAUGUUCUAGAUGAGAUCAAGAUGAUCAGGUCUGUUUUGAAAGACCAGCUCAAGGUUGUCGGAUCUCUCAAGAGGAUUGUCGCACCGGAUUUUACUCAGUCGGAGAAGAAGUUCUCUGAUGUUCUGGUGCUAAUCCGCGAAACGGACGAAAGCUUUGAUGUCAUGGAGGCACAUGCGAAGGAGGUGGAGAAGGGGCUUGAGCACCUUCUUGAUCUCAAGCAGAAACAAGCGAAUCUUUGGGAAGCCCGGUCAUCUCGUGAAGGUGCGGAAGAGGCUGCUAAGCAAGGCCGGACGAUACUCGUCUUUACUGUCGUCACCAUUAUCUUCCUCCCUCUCUCCUUCAUGGCAUCCUUCUUCUCUCUCGGUAUCUCUAUUUUCCCCAAAUCGGACGGCGAGAACAAUUUCCCCAUUGGAUGGGUCUCGGCUUUGCUCUUUGGUGUAUCAUUUGCGGUGUCAAUCCCAUUCGUCCUCCUCGCUUUCAACAUUGAAAAGUUCUCCGACGCUUGGACCCGUCUCAAGCACUCUACCAACAAGCACACGGCAUUCAUCUUCCUGAAACCUCUGCGCGAAAGCCGACGAUUACCCAGCGAGAGUAUCCGAGCCACGGGCCAUAAAUGGUACCGCGAGUGGGUCAGCUUCAUAGCGAAGCACGACCUACCGCUCAAGCCGAACGAUGAGAUGGAGGCGCGACUCAAGCGCGAGAUGGAAGGCCAACAACCAGGAGAUGAGCAGUCACCUGAGUUGAUAUUCGACACGGAUUCGAGCUCGGAAGGGGAGGUUACAGAUGAUGAGGAAGAGAUGGAAUUGAUCAUGCGGCAGGACGAUAGGCAAAGCAACCUGCUGCGGCGGAUGAAGAGUUGA